CCACCUCUCAGAGUUCCAGCGAGAAGUGUAAUGUUACUCUCACAUUUGACCUGCAGGUGGCGACAAGUUCAGGGUUUUUAAGAUCUGCUGCAGAAAUAAAAACUGUCAGACUGUCUUAACUGUGUCGUGUUCUUUACUUCAAACCAGAAAAUCAGAGUAACGUUUGUUUAUUGGAUAGUGUUGCGUUAGUUUUUCAGUCAAUGGAAUAGGACACGUUAGAAGUUAUAGAUAUUAAAAAGCAUCUGAAGAUCUUCAUCCUCUCACGUCAGGUGUGUGUGAAGAUGACCAUCCAUGUAGAAGGACUGCUGGCCAUCAUCAUCUUCUAUCUGUUGAUUUUAAUGGUGGGGAUUUGGGCAGCGUGGAAGAACAAGAGGUCCGGGACAUCAGACGGAUCAACCCGCAGUGAGUCGAUCAUGGUCGGGGGUCGAGACAUCGGAUUAUUUGUCGGUGGAUUUACAAUGACCGCAACAUGGGUUGGUGGGGGUUAUAUAAACGGCACGGCUGAGUCGGUGUAUCUGCCCGGCUCUGGCUUGGCUUGGGCUCAGGCACCGUUCGGUUACGCUCUUAGUUUAGUCGUAGGUGGGUUAUUUUUUGCCAAACCCAUGCGCUCUAGAGGUUAUGUGACUAUGUUGGACCCUUUCCAGCAGCUCUAUGGGAAGAGAAUGGGUGGACUUCUCUUUAUUCCUGCUUUACUGGGAGAGUUAUUCUGGUCUGCUGCAAUUUUGUCAGCAUUGGGUGCCACACUGAGUGUGAUUGUCGACAUAAACAUCAGCGUGUCAGUGGUGGUGUCUGCGCUCAUAGCAGUCUUCUACACACUGGUGGGAGGACUUUACUCUGUCGCUUACACAGAUGUCGUUCAACUCUUCUGCAUUUUUCUGGGAUUGUGGAUGAGUGUGCCGUUUGCACUGUCCAAUCCUGCUGUGUCAGACAUCAGUGUUACCGCAGUCAACGCAGUGUUUCAGACGCCCUGGCUGGGUGAGAUCCAUCCAUCUGACGGCUGGAUGUGGGCUGAUAACUUCUGUCUUCUUAUGUUGGGUGGGAUUCCCUGGCAGGUGUAUUUUCAGCGAGUUCUCUCUGCGUCUUCAGCCACUUAUGCUCAAGUUCUGUCAUUUCUGGCUGCGUUUGGAUGUCUGGUCAUGGCCGUCCCUUCAGUCCUGAUCGGAGCUAUAGGAGCUUCCACAGACUGGAAUCAGACGUCCUACGGUCCGGUUCCUCCAGUGGAGAAAGAUGAAUCUGAAAUGAUUCUGCCGAUUGUGCUACAACACCUCUGCCCUUCCUUCAUUUCCUUCUUUGGUUUAGGGGCGGUGUCAGCUGCUGUGAUGUCAUCGGCGGACUCCUCCAUUCUUUCUGCCAGUUCCAUGUUUGCCAGAAAUAUUUACCAGCUUGCUUUCCGUCAAUCAGCCUCUGACAGAGAGAUUGUGUGGGUUAUGAGGAUCACCAUCUUUGUGUUUGGGGGUUUGGCAACAGCUAUGGCUCUUCUGACUGGUUCUGUUUACGGUCUGUGGUACUUGAGCUCAGAUCUAGUGUACAUCAUCAUCUUCCCGCAGCUUCUGUGCGUGCUGUUCGUCAAGGGCACCAACACGUACGGCUCCGUGGCAGGAUACCUCUUCGGACUGCUGCUGCGGAUCGGUGGGGGGGAACCCUACCUCAGACUGCCCCCUUUCAUCUACUACCCCGGCUGGCAGUCCCGGCAAAAGGUGCAUCAUCUCACCAAGGAAGUGGAGCUCUACGUAGAACAGAGGUUCCCCUACAAGACUGUCUCCAUGCUGGCUUCACUAUUGAGCAACGCAGCUUUCUCACAUCUGGCCAAAUAUCUGUUUGAGAGUGGAACUCUGUCCCCGAAGUAUGACUUUCUGGAUGCAGUGGUUUCUAAGCACAGCAGAAACACUAUGGACAAGACAACCCUCGUAACAAAUGACAACAUCAAUCUGUCUGAACUGGCUCCUGUUAAAGCGAGACAUGGAAGAUCUCUGGCAGCAACCUUUAUAAACACAGAAGCAUUGACUGAUGAGGGAGACAUUAGCCCAGCCUCCAACAAUGAAUACGAGUAGUGAUUAUUUUUCUGCUGCAGGGAUGAGCAUGAGUUUAACGUGCUUAAGAUAAAAGAAAUAAGUAGCAGGAUGGAGGACAGGAGGCAGAACUGUGGAUUAUUCACAGGCUAGAAAUAAGUAUUACAAAGUGUUUGUUAUCAUGUAAUGUGAUCUCAUGGUGAUAGUUUAUCUGUUUUUUUUUAACAUUAUGUUAGGAUUAGUGAUUACACAUUUUAUAUUUUAUCAUUGACAGUCAUACAGCGCUACAGUCAUACAGUGUUACAGUUAUACAUUGUUACAGCCAUACAGUGUUACAGUCAUAUAGCGCUAUAGUCAUACAGUGUUACAGUCAUAUAGCGCUACAGUCAUACAGCAUUACAUUCAUACAGGGUUUCAGUCAUACAGCGCUACAGUUAAACAGUGUAACAGUCAUACAGUGUUACAGUCAUACAGCGUUUCAUUCAUACACCGCUACAGUUAUACAGUGUAACAGUCAUACAGUGUUACAGUCAUACAGUGUUACAACCAUGCAGUGUUACAGUCAUACAGAGUUUCAGUCAUACAGCCUUACAGUGUUACAGUCAUAUAGCGCUACAGUUAUGCAGUGUAACAGUCAUACAGUGUUACAGUCAUACAGCGCUACAGCUAUACAGUGUUACAGUCAUAAAGUGUUACAGUCAUACAGUGUAACAGUCAUACAGUGUAACAGUCAUAUAGUGUAACAGUCAUACAGUGUAACAGUCAUACAGUGUCACAGUCAUAUAGCGCUACAGUUAUACAGUGUAACAGUCAUACAGUGUUACAGCCAUACAGCGUUACAGUCAUACAGCAUUACAUUCAUAAAGCGUUUCAGUCAUACAGUCUUACAGUUAUACAGUGUUACAGACAAACAGCAUUACAGUCAUACAGCUAUACAGUGUUACAGUCAUACAGUGUAUCAGUCAUACAGUGUUACAGCCAUGCAGUGUUACAGUCAU